GUUUUCGCGGCGCGGGGACAGCACACCUAACGACGGUCAAUGUUGACGACACUGAAGUCAUGCUGCCCAAAUCCAGGAGAGCGCUCACCAUUCAAGAGAUCGCUGCACUCGCAAGAUCGUCACUACACGGUAUCUCUCAGGUUAUGAAAGCCCACGUGACCAAGCCCACGGCGAUGGCUCAGGGUCGAGUGGCCCACCUGAUUGAGUGGAAGGGCUGGUGCAAGCCCACCGACGCGCCCAACUCCCUAGAGAACCACCUCUCCACAUAUUCACACCUCACCGAGGGAGAGCAAGAGGCACGCUUCGCCGCAGGAGUAGCAGAGCAGUUUGCGAUAGCGGAGGCGAAGUUGAGAGCCUGGUCUUCAGUAGACGGAGAUGAUUCCAUCGAUGAUUCCUAUGAUGAGGAGUACCAGCCAGCCAACGAGCCUACCACACAAAGCACAGUUUAA